GUUUGCCCACUACAAAAUAACAACUCGUAUCAAAAUGUCCGCCGCUCGUCGCAGUUACAAAGUUCUCGUUUCCCAUCCAGACGUUCCCACUCCCGUUCUCGAGUAUUUACGUCAACGCAGCUGUGAGACAAUCGUUUGUCAAAAUGUCCCUCCCGUGCGUUCGGAUAUUUUGAAACGACUACCCGGUGUCGAUGCCAUCUUUUGGGCUCAUUAUCAACCUCUUAAUUCGGAAAUAUUAGAUGCUGCCGGCACUCAGCUGAAAGCGGUUUCAACAAUGUCUUCAGGCAUUGAUUAUGUUGAUGUGCCCGAGUUUAAGCGCCGCCAAAUGCCCUUGGGACAUACGCCGGGUAUAGUGAAAAAUUCGGUGGCGGAUUUAGCCAUUGGUCUAAUGAUAUCCGCUGGAAGAUUUUUCCAUGCAGGUAGACAAGAAAUUGACAAUUCUUUAUGGAAAACUGAACGCAUCAAUUGGUUAAUGGGUCAAGAAAUACGUGACUCUACUAUUGGAUUCUUAGGUUUCGGUGGUAUUGGUCAGGCCAUAGCAAAACGUUUGCAGUGUUGGGACACUAAGAAAAUCAUCUACCACACGCGGACACGCAAAGCCAACGAUAAGGAAUUUCAUGCAGAUCAUGUGUCAUUUGCGCAGCUAUUAAAUGAAAGUGAUUUUCUAGUGGUGGCAUGUCCUUUGACAUCAGAAACCAAGGGAAUGUUUAAUGCGGAAGCAUUUGGGAAAAUGAAGGCAAAUAGUGUAUUUGUUAAUGUGGGAAGGGGAGGCAUUGUGAACCAAGAGGCUUUGUAUAAUGCUUUGAAAUCUGGCCAAAUAUUUGCUGCUGGUUUAGAUGUUAUGACACCGGAACCUUUGCCGGCCAGUGAUCCUCUACUGGCACUUCCUAAUUGCGUCAUUAUUCCACAUUUGGGAACGCAGACUUUAAAAACUACCACCGAAAUGGGCAUGGUUGCUGCUAAUAAUAUUUUGAAUGCCUUGGACGGUAAACCCAUGAUUUCGCCAGCCUAUUAAAUAAAAUCAAAAUACAACAUUUGUAAAUACUAGGGUAUUCAUUCGACUAAUGAUCGUUCGAUUAAUCGAAUAAUUUCUUACGAAUAAUUAUUCGAACAAUUUAAAAAUGGCCAUUUUCGAAUAACGAAUAAUUCGAACAAUUCUAUGUAGAAUAAUCGAAUAAAACGAAUAAAUGUACAUACAGUGACGGACAAUACAAUAGAAUCACUACAUAUGAAUUCGAUUAAAGCGGUAAAACUACAAAAUUUGAUUUCAAAAUUUAAAAUUUGUUCAUUAUAUAUUAUUGCUCAUAACGUAAACAAUAAAUAGAAAAAAAUAAAAUAAAAAAAUAACACAUUCUUAUGUUAAAAAUGAUGUCAAAUCUAAAAGACUAAAUAAAAUAUGCGACAUUCAAAUAGAAUCAAUCAGUCUUAAAAUGAUUAAAAAUAAAAAAUUAUCAUAAGAAUUCGUUGUUUUCUUAAUAUUUUGUUGCAUAUCAAUUAUUAAUAAUAACAGCAUCAAAUCUUUUGGGGAUUGAAUUUAACAAACUUUCGCAUGUAGAUCGGGAAUUUGCAUACCAUAUUUCCUGAAUUUUCUGCCAAAGUUUUUCCUUGUUUUUCAAUUAUUCAGGUCCGAGUUUGUCUUUUACUAUUUUCCAUAGCAUUUAAGUCUGGUUAUUGAGACGGCCAUUCCAUAACAUGAAUUUUGUUAUAUAAAAACCAUUUUUUGGCAAGACCUGACGUGUGCUUUGGGUCAUUAUCUAGCUGGAAGAGUCAUUUUACAUACAAGUGCUUAUCCAUAUUUUCUUUAAUCCAAUAAAUUGGACCAACGCAAUACCAAGAAAAGCUUCCCCAUAUAAUAAUAUUUCCCCAAACAUGUUUAAACGUUUCUGGUUUUUGCCAUUUUUUGGACGUCUAACCCAUGUCUUAUCAUCACUACCAAUUAAAUUAAUGGUCGUUUCGUCCAUCCACAACACAUUUUGCCACUUUUUUAUAUUUUCUGGCCCACACCAAUCCUUAUGAUUGCUCCUGGUUUUAAAUGAAAUAUUGGUAGUGAUUCUAUUAUAAUGUCCGUCACUGUAUAUAUUUAAAUAUAUUAAAUUGCUUAAAAUUUUUCAUAAUUCCAAAUUUAAAUAAGUAAUAAUGACUCACAAAAUUUGUAUUGUUUCUAAAAUUCGACAAAUAACUAAAGACAAAGGGACUUUCGAUUACUGUAGAUGGGUGUUCCUAUAGCUCUUUCUAUAAAUAUUACUGCAAAAAGUUACAAUUCUAAAAAUAAAUCUUUCAAAAUUUUUAACUUAGGACUUGAACCAAUAAAAAAAAGGUACGGAAAUAAAA